AUGGCGGUGUUUCACGACGAGGUGGAAAUCGAGGACUUCCAAUACGACGAGGACCUGGAGACGUAUUUCUACCCCUGUCCUUGCGGCGAUAACUUCUGCAUCACUAAGGAAGACUUGGAGAACGGGGAAGACGUGGCCACGUGUCCUAGCUGCUCCCUCAUUAUAAAAGUGAUUUAUGACAAAGAGCAGUUUGUGUGUGGAGAAACAGUCCCAGCCCCUUCCACCAACAAAGAAUUAGUUAAAUGCUAA